GCGCAUAUAAACCCUCUUAUUCCUGACACGCAUAAGCUGUACUGAUAUUUUCUGGAAAGCAACCCAGCAUCGCUGUUUGAUUUUGUGAAGAUGAAUAAACAGUUUCUCAUCCUGGUUUUUGGGCUGAAUCUUCAUGCUGUAACUGCAUACACCAAUGGAAUGGUGACUCUGGCAUGCACAUCUAUGACUCCUAAUCAUAGAAAUAAUACUGCCUCUAUAUUAAAACCUCCUUAUAGAGUCACCACAGACGUCUCAAAAUACACAGCGGGUCAGGUGAUCAAAGUGACAUUGCAGGCAAAUGAGACUGGGUUCAGGGGCUUUCUUCUUCAGGCCAGGGAUGAGACGGGUCCAGUAGGAACUUUCACAGUCACAGGAAACGAUGCUCAAUUACUCAACUGUGGAACAGCGGGCUCAGCUGUCAGUCACACUUCAAAUGUUAACAAAUCAACUAUUGUGGCUCUAUGGAAAGCUCCUAACAACAACAACACAGAUAUUCGGUUCAGGGCAACAUUUGUGCAGAAUUUCUCUCUCUUCUGGGUUGAUGUUCAAAGUGAUCCUGUUAGAUUCGUGGGCACAAAUACAACAGUCACCUCACCCCACGGCUCCAGUCCAUCAGUGUCUCUCACAAUCUAUCUUCUUCUUUUACCUCUGCUUGCAAUUAUUUAAAAAAAAAAAUUGGUGAAAAUGUUCAGAAAUCAUAUCUGUUCAAUGUAAAAUCAUUGACGUUUAGUUUCUUAUUCAGUCAUGUUAUAUAUUUGUUGAAGUACAAUGGGAAAUAAUAUUUUAAUAAUAUAUUGAUUUUACAUUCUAAUAUAUAAAUGUUCAUUUUGUUACAGCAAAAUAUCGGCCUCAUUGUACCCUACUGUUAUAUUCAUAUUUACUGUAUAAAAUGAAGCUUGUAUGACAUAAAUUGAUUUGUAUCAAAUGUUUAGAAUAUUUUAUAACAUGCAUGAAAAAACACCACAUAGAUCUCAAAACCCCUUUAGUUUUAUUUCUUCUUCUAGAGCAAAAAUGAACACCAACCAAAACAAAAUAAUAAAAAAGACUUUGUACAUA